UAAGACAAUUACCGUUCAAACAAAAAUAACUUUUUAUCGAGAGGUCAGAUCAUUACAACGUCCAAACAUGGGAAAAUAUUUUUGUUAUUGGUCAGCUGUCCUAUCUCCUAUCCCUCUCUCUACCAUAUUAUUAUUAUUAACUUGAAGAGUACUUCCAACAAUCAAUCUCCAUGCAAAUGUGGGAGUAAAGUCAUCUUCAUAGAAACAGAAUUUAAGAGAAAGAAAAGAAAAAAAUAGCAGGUUUAUAUAACAUAAAUACAAGAAUCAUAUAAAAAAAUAUGUUCAAGAAUCAACUUCAGGAAUUAGCACAAAGAAGCUGCUUCAAUCUACCAUCUUAUGCUUGCAGAAGAGAAGGACCAGAUCAUGCUCCUAGAUUCAAAGCUUCAGUUAAUUUUAAUGGAGAAAUAUUUGAAAGUCCAGGUUAUUCACCUACUUUAAGACAAGCUGAACAUGCUGCUGCUGAAGUUGCCCUUAAUCUACUCUCUUCUAGAGGGUCCAAGUCCCUUACCGCUAGAGUUCUUGAUGAGACAGGAGUGUACAAGAACCUUUUGCAAGAAACAGCUCACAAAGCAGGACUUAAUCUGCCUGUUUAUACAACUAUAAGAACAGGACCAGGGCAUGUUCCUGUUUUCACAUGUACUGUUGAGCUUGCUGGUAUGAGUUUUACUGGUGAAUCAGCUAAAACUAAGAAGCAAGCUGAGAAAAAUGCUGCUAUAUCUGCUUGGUCUACUUUGAAAAGAAUGCCAAGUUUGUUUCCAAAGAUAGAAACAGCAGAAAAUAACAAUCUUGGAGUAGGAAAGCAAGAUCAAGUGAUUGUUGCCAGGGUUUUAUCAAGUUUCAAAUCUCAGAAAACAGGAAAACAAAGGGAUUAUCAUAGUCAUCAUUAUAAUCGUAAUCAUCAUAGAAGAUCAUCAAGAAAUGCAAGAACUUGGAGAUCAGAUGAUACACACAAGUAUUUUACAACUUUACCCUUGAAAAAUCCUUCAGAAAUUUCAACUUCACAGCAAAAAAGCAGUAGUUUUGUUGAUCUUUUACCACCACCACCACCAAGAACAAUGUCAAAGAUCCUGCCUUUGACUUUAAAGACUAGCACCACAAAUGUCAACCUCAAUGAAGGUGAUCAUGUGUGUCAUGGUAAACUUAAUGGCGUCGUAAGAUCGACUAUUUCCACCACUCAGCAACAAGGCGAAACCCAUUACAGGAACUUGUUUUUGGGAUCGUCGUUAAGCUGUGCUCAAAUGGGUAUCAUGGGUAAUUAUAACAGUAAUCUUAAAGGGAUUGCGCCUGCGGUUCAAAUUAGAUCAGUAAUCCCAGUUUGUGCAGCUCCUCCUGUUAAACCUUUGAUAAAAGAAGAUGAAUCUUCUUCUUCUGCUGCUGUAAUUUCGCCUCCUGAAUCUUCUCAACAGCUUUCUACCAGUCUCAGUUCUGAAGUUAGCAAGUUGCAGCUCAAAGAAGAGUGAUUAAUUAGGUAGUUUAGUUUAAUUGUAGUAAUUAGUUAAAACUAUUAGAAAUAAGUAACAUUUCUUCUGGUAGUAUGGUAGUAUCAGUAUGUUACAAUACAUUGACUAGGCUCAAAUAGUACGUGGUAUUAAGUAUUUAACACAGGCACAUGUCUAAGUAUCGCACUUGGUCAUUUUUGGAACAUGACAUGCUUUAUUGCAAAAUCAAGCAUCUGAGUGUCGAUAUCUAUGUCGGGGUGCCUAUGUUAUUGAACAUUGAAGAGUCGUUGCAAAAUUUGUUAGACACAGUAAAAAAUUGUAAAACCGUGGUACUAGUAGUAAAAUGUAUAUGUACGGGUACUAUUGAAGAGUCGAUGUAACAUAGUAAUCCUUUCUAGUAAACUUUUGCGAAA